AAACAUAUCAGCCAUGUUUUGGUAUCGCAUUAUGCCAAAAUAUGCAGGAUGGCGCGCCUCUAAUCAGGGCAAACAAAUGCAUGCCACACUUUUCAGAAAAUGUAAAAUUUUCUUUUGACUUCACGGCAUAUAUGCACGUUGUGUUUUUCAUUAAACAGUCUUUAAAGUUUGUUUGUUUUUUUAUUUAAUUGAGAGAGACUGAAACGCGUGUUAUUCAGCCAGGUAUAGAGAGUACAAUUCUCACUAGACUCCACCUCUGAGGGGAGGUAUAGUCAAAUCAUUAGUAUGUAAUAUUAAAUGAAUUAACAAAGAUAUUCUCCAAACAGCUUACUCUGUUGUUACUUGUGGUCAAAUUCCUGCAUCUAUAGUCGGACAUGCGGGGAGGUUUCUGUGCGUCCAUUCGAAAAUCCCGUCCGUCCAAUCCGUACGCAGGUCCGGACCAGUGGCUCCUCCUCUCCGCCGCCAGCUCCCACAUGUAUCUCCCCUCUCCGUCUGUUGCAUUGUCUCAUUGGGGACGCAGCGCACGGAGUCCAGCGGGCUGAUAGGGACACCGGAGGAUGUCAAAGGAAAGUCGAGCCCGGGACCGAUGUGAGGAAUGAGUUGCUGAGGGUUUGGACUGAUUGGUUCCAGUUUGGCUGCAGUCAGGGUGAGAGCUGCCUGAAGCUGUGCGGCUCUGCGCAGAUGGCAGGGCUGCAUUUCAGUCAAUUAAAGCUAUGUUAGUAUCGUUCGUCCGGAGUUGCGUGGCUCUACCCGGAGCUGCACCGUAAAUCCCGGUCCGAAGCCUCAUUUCUGCCGCCGCCGUCUCCCAGGAUGGCCGCACGCCGCGGCUGCGUAAACUCGCUCUGGUCGGGCACCGAGCGGGUCCGCAUCGGAGAGCGCCUCAAAGCGACGCUGGCGGGGGUUCUGGAGCUGGAGGUGCUCCGGCGCAAACACCUGGAGAUGGUGGACGCCGCGCUGAGGGAGCGGGCGCCCGGGGAGCCGCGGGCGGAGGAGGCGGAGAGCGCCGCGUCGGAUACCGAGCGUGGCUCUGCGACAUCCCGCAGGCAACAGGCUGCCUUCCCCUCAAACACAAUGGGGUCCGGCUGUCAGAGCAGUCCAGAGGAGUGUCUCUGUAAUUCGGGGGAUGUGACCGUCCAGUCCUCAUCUGGCAGGGGGAGUAACUCCCGGUGGUCCACUCUCUCCUGGGACGCCUCCUCAGAUAUCCUCUCCCCUCCGACCCCGGACUCCAGCAGCGUGGUUCACCUGGACAGCGACUCCAGACCCAGUUCAGGUUUCUACUCUGUAAGUGGGAGCUCUCUGUCGGACUCCAGCUACUCCGUGUCCAGUGAAGCUGCCCAUGUUGCACCGGUGACCCCUGCCAGACCCCCAAAGUCGUGGGAACAAGUUCCUGCUUCUGCUGACAACACUGACACCCUGUGGUCAGAAGGUGUAGUGCAGCUGCAGCAGCCUGCGACGGACGGCAGCCCAGAGGAAACCGAACCAGCAGAGGAUCCGACUGCACCUGCUCCAGAUGAUCCAGCUGUUCAGGAGAUUGAUGCCUCUGGUCUCAGCUUUCUGUCUGACCUUUGCACGGUGGUCGGUGACUCCCUGGUUUCCUUCAUCAUCCCCCUUCUAAAUCCCUCUUCAUCCCCCUCCUCUGUGCAGCUGAAGCCCCAGUUGGACCCCUGCUACUGCACAGACCUGGUGUCUCGUCGAACCAAAGAGGUCUACUCAUAUCCAAGCCCGCUGCACGCCGUUGCUCUCCAGAGCCCCCUCUUUACCUCCCUGAACCAAGAACAAUCAUCCUCCACAACUUCUGAAGGAGUCCAGGACGAUGAGACGGCAGAAGAGAACCCUAACACUGCCCCUCUCCUGCCUCAGCAGCCUCCCACUCCGGCCUCUGUCACCCACCUAGAGCAGUACAUCGCUCGGCUGGCUUGCCAGUACCACCAGCGGGUGAACUCCUCCACUUCCGAUCUCACGUCACCUGCUGCUCCUGCUCCAAUCCCGCAGAGAGGUCCUUGUACUCCUGGAAAAAGUCACGGCUCCACCCAAUCUCUAUCUGCCUUUGAGAGCCGCAAUACACCCUCCACCCAGCCGGGUGGAAGCGCCAUUCCUUGCAAGUCCCUGCUGGGAAACUCGGCCAGAGUCAGCCUCAGCGCUAUGGGGAAAAAGGCCACCAGGAAUUCAAUCAACCUGGGUAAUCUCCCUUCAGCGACCGGAGAAGAUUUAAGCAUCAAUCUGCAUCUCAACCUCAACUUGAACCUAGCUCCAGGGUUGAACUCUAACCGCGGACCCGCCGACACAGGCAACAACAGCAGCAGUGGAGCCAUAAACAGUGAUGUAAACAUGACUUCGGCUGCGUCUUGCAAGACUCUGUCAUCUGCCACUCCCACCCCAGGAAUCAGGUCUCGUUCUCGGAUCUCAACUUGUCCGAGCAGUCUGAGCCACCGCAGUUCCCUGGAGGUCCCGCAGAGCUCGGGAGCCACUCCCGGGUUUGGGUCGUCUUCCUUCUGUCGCUCGUUGGAUUGGAGCACCGGCGCGCCGCCUGAGGUGGGACAGCCAGUUUUUGUGUCAAACACGGGAUCGGCUCCUGGAUCUCAGCGCAGCAGCUUGAUCCAAGAGUCCUGCUCCAGUCCCAAGCUGAGCGAAGACUCCCCCAUGGUGGGGGAGAUCUCGCGCCUCUCGGGUCUGUCUCGGGCCGUGGUGGUGGGACUGAUGGAGCAAGGCGUGGAGCUGGAUAUCGACUGCUUCCAAACGGAUCCUGCGGGUGCGGUGAGGAGCCACAGUAAAACUCACCUGACUCCACAGAGGGAUCCAUUGCUCGACUACGGCAGGCUGAUGGAAACCACCCCACAGCGGCCGAUCCAGCUCUCCCUCAGUGUCACCCACUCCCCCCAGUCUCAGUCCAGCCUCACCCCUCCUCUCUCACACUCCAACAGUCCCAUUCACCCAUACCAGUCCAUCCACAUCCCUCCCCCGCCUCAGUAUUCCUCACAAUGCCACUACCAGCACAUCCCUUCUCCGUCUGAUCUUCCCUCCUCCACAGCCUCCUCCCCAGCUUCACACCCCACCCCAAGGGCUCGCUCUCCUCCUCGCCCCCUCAAGCCAUCACCAAUGGGGGCCACCCCGCUCUCGGUUUUCCGACGGGAUUCCCCUUUCCAGUGCUCCCUGCCACACAACAACCGAACCUCGUCUUGGGAGCAAGGAGGACUCCAACCAAGAGGUGGCUCGCUCCGACAUAGUGGGGGAGGAGGUGAGGGUGGGGGGAGGUGGAAGAAGGUGGAGAGAGACGGGCUCUACAGGGGGAAACACGCCUCCCAUAAGCUGGUUAGGGCCGCUACUGUGAGCAGCUACGCCAGGAGAGAGGACUACAGCUCCGUUUGGGCUGAGGAGGCGCCCCACACACCCAGGAAGUCCUCCAGCAAACUAUGGAGGGGCUUUGAGGGACGAUUGUGGAGGAAAGAGUCUGAGACCGAGAAGGAGGAGAUGGACAGAGCCGAGUAUGGAUAUGGCUGGAGCAGGGGGAACAUCGGAAGCUGGAGGAGGGAGCACCGACGACCCAAGGGAUCUUCCGACAGGAAGCCAAAGGUUGAUCACUCCCCCGUCUUCUCCAGGUCGAGAGGGAAGGAUGACGGGGAGAGGCGCAGCUCCAGCCUCCGGCUCUCCAGGAGGGCUCUGUUCAGGAGUGAGUCGCAGGGUCUGCUGGUGCCUCGGAGCCACAGGGAGGAGCUGGCGAAGAGGGGCCACUGGGUCUCCUCCUUCGACGUGGCGCAGGGCGGCACAAGCAGAGACGAAGGCGUCAGACUGCUGAGAGCUACGGAGGAGCACAAACGGCUGUCCUCCACUGCCAGCCUCUUCAACCUGUCUCGCUCCCAGAGCCUGGAGGGCAGCUGCCAGUCGCUCUCGUCUCUGUCCUCGCCGUCGUUUUCCCCUUCCCCUCCUCCACGGCUGCCGCUGCAGCGCUCUCGGUCACUGAGGGAUCUGGGGAGGAAGGUGUUCGGCUCCAUGAGGUCUCUUAGUCUCAAACGAAAGCCAUCCAAGAAGUGACACUUGUACAGCCAACAAACCUCAUGUUACAUUCAAAACACCGUUUGUGCUUAGUAUUAUAUCUGAUGUAAAGGAAGUGCCAUCUAGCUUUGUUUGUUAAUUAUUCAGAUCUCUGAUGCUGCCUUUAGGAUCUACAUGAAAGAUCCUCUCUGGCACAUAGUCUUUCCAACUUGCCAUUACAAUAUCUUCAUUCCUUCUACUAAUAAUCUGGUAAAUUUGAACCAUAUUGCCACUUCUGAUAUCCUCACAAACUAAAGGAAAAAGCGACAAAAUGCUAAUGGGUUACUUUGUAGCUGCGUUUCCAUUAUAAAUGUUCGAGAAUGUCAAAAAAACACAAUCUCUUUCUUAUUUAUUCCACUAAAUAAGAAAGGCAAUUAAAAUCACACAUGGAUAAGUUUGUUCACAUAAGUCAUUAAAAAACCUCCCGCACCUUGAUCAUCCAACCACUUCCUCUUCUUCUUCUUCUUCUUCGUGGUUUGCACCGGUGGCAACAUCCGGUUUUUGAUCAUGUGACUUGUGUGACGCAAAUAAGCUAUCUAGUUCAGUUUUGUGAGAUAAACCAUUUUAGAUACAACCAAAAAAAAAAACAAAAAAAACACCAUAUCGUAGCGGCAAAACUUAUCAACAAAUGAGUUUGUUCGAAAUUGACGUGUUUCCAUUAAGCAAAUUUAUUUUUAAAAUGUCAAAUUGCACAAUUAUAUGGUAAACGAAAACAGCUUGUGUUUUGGAUCAGUAAACUUAUUUGUUGGGACUCCUGGUAACGGUGAGUAAAAUUUAUUGCAGCAGCACAAUUUCACACCAAACAUUUAAAUUUAAUAUAUUUAUUGGAGAAGAAAGAUGCAUAUUUGUCCGGCUAUUUUAGGCAGUUGAUACAGAUCGACUUCGUUUUAAAAUUGAACAAAUGUUUGGACAAAUGUAUGUAUUUUAAUGGGGAACAUUAGUAACAACACAAAGAUUAUAUAUCACAAUUUUUGCUUUCUAUUUAGUAAUUUUUCAGUGACUUUAACUCCAAAGCAUACCUGGCUUCACCCAAACCUGCAUUUAGUUGAUUUGACUAAAUAAAACAAAAGUUUCCCAAAUCUUUUCCUUUUUGCUGAGAACAGUUCAGAAAGUAAAAGUCAGUGAAACUACCAAAGAUAUUUGGAAACUUAAUGGCUUUCCUUUAAUAAAACAAACCCAUAAAACUAUUCUUAUGUUUUCAUUCUAAUAAUUUUCACAAAAAUAUUGCAAGAUUAAGUUGUUGAGCCGGUAAAAUAAAUAAAAAAAUUCACAAAACAUUUUGUGUUUAUGAUUUAGAAAAAUAGGUGAUGCAUUUGCAUUAAGAGGCUCUUAGAACAUUUGAUCAGCAUAAAAUAAAAAUUAGUACAAAAUGAUAUAUGCUUAAAUUUAAUUGAUUUUUAGGGAAACCAACAAAUGUACUGGCACUGAUUUUAACAAACCUUUAAGUUUCAAACUGUAAACUUCUGUCUAAAAGUAAUAUUGUUUAAAUUCAGAGAUGAUUUACAAAAAGUACCAUAAGUUAACCUAAUUACUUAAAAAAGUAAAUCACAUUAAAUAAUUUUUUUCUUAUCUUUUAGAAUAGAACUGUGCUACUGCAAUAAAAAUAUUAAUGCAUCUUCGCCCAGAUUUGUCUGAAUAACCAAUUCAUGUUUGUGAAUACUGACCAAAUAACUUUUUUU